AGCGUCAUGUAGUCCCUUCUAGCGAUGCGUGGCCGAUUUUUAAUUCGCUAUCUGCGGAUAGUGUGCAUGUCAUGCCGGCCAUCUGACUUGCUUUCAACCUUUACGGAGCUUUCUAUUACUGUCCAUUUGUACAAAUACAGGGCCUUGCCACUUGCAUUGCACACAGCCUACACGGGGGUGUCUAAUUGAUCAAUACCCGACAAGUUUGGGUUGAUCGUGGACUGCCCAGACCGAAAAUUCAACUUUCCUUGAGCUCGAGUUACUAUCCUUGUCACAGUUUAUCAAAGUUGAGAGCAUGGACAAUUCAUGGACCAUGCCGCAACCGUUGAGUCUUGCAAGACAAAGGAAACAAAACCGGUCAAAUGUGCUGGGUGGCCAGGGCGACAAAUUUGCUCCCUUUGUCCCGCCAUGUAUAUAAGGCCACUCGAUCCCACUUCUCCCACAUACCUCCACCUUCUACCACUCCUGCAGAACAUCCAGUACAGAUUGCCUCGACCCUUCUAUGCUACAAGUAUUCUCAAGGAUGCCUUUCUUGAUUUUCCGGCGCAAGACUCAGAAACGCAAACUUAGGAAAAGUGACCGCAAGGCCACGAAGUCCAUUAAGGCGUACAUAAAGAGGCGUCCAUUAUUGAAAGACAUCUCCUCAGAUGGAGAAAUACUCACGUUAAUAGAGCGUCAUAUCAUGGACGCGGAAUCCACGGGCCAUGAAUUUACGGAAGAGCAAGCCCCAAGAGCUCUCCAAUUCACUCAGAAGCUCCUAAACGAUGACCUUUUGUUGGCUGGUUUGACCGGAGCCACUGAGCAUCUCGAUAUAAGGAGAGCGAAGCUCUGUUCCUUGGGCCUUUACCUGUCGCGCAUCUGCCUGGAUCCACCCAGUUCUCUCUUUUCGGUCACCAGAGUCAAGCAGCAGAUCCCUCAGCGUGCUGGCAAGGGAUCUGAUGUAUUCAUAAGUACGACAUGCCGUCAGAAGGUCGCUGUCAAACGUUUGCGUUAUUUUCUCAAUCUGCCCGAAUCGAAGAGGCCAGAAGCCCAACGUGAUUUCUUACGUGAAGCUUUAGUGUGGACGCAAUUGCGACAUCCAAAUAUUUUGCGUCUUCAAAGUCUCGACGUAACUACAUAUCCAAACAUGCCUUCCAUGAUAUUUCCGUGGCUCGAGAACGGCAACAUUGUUCAGGCUCGGAACCGAAUGGGCAGUACACCUGAUACGGCACAACUGGACAAAUGGCUGCUACAGGUAGCAAGUGGAAUGGCAUAUUUACACGAUAAGAAGAUCGUACAUGGCGACCUGCGUGGUGCCAACGUCUUAAUAUCCGACGAUAUGACGGCUCAAGUCACUGACUUCGGAUUGAUCACAUUCGCGAGGGACUGUCGGGAUUUCUAUCCUUUGAGUAACGCCUACCAGCGUUGGAAUUCUCCUGAGCUCAUUGACCCGCCGUCAAGUAGUGCUUCAAAGACUGGACGAACACCUGCUAGUGAUGUCUUCGCCUUCGCCUUCGUUUGUACAGAGGUGUACUCAGGGCAGCAACCAUUUGGCGAAUGCAAUCUGCUUCAAGUCCACAGGAAGGUACUAAGCGGUGAGAGACCGGAAAUGCCCACUUCUCCUGCGAUGUCCAGCAACUUGUGGUCUCUGGUCGAGAUGUGCUGGAGCCAAACUGCGGGUGAUAGACCGACCAUGAUUGAUGUCGUUGCGAGGAUGAAGAAGUUCGCAGCGGCAUAAUCCAAAUGCUUGGUACUUCUAAGCUCACAUUGUUCUAUGGAUUAUUUGUUGGACGAUAUUCAACCAUCUCAGCUUCCAAGAUGGGUAGGUGAUAACGAUAUGUAUGUAUGCAACU